UCUUCACUGCUGCUAGUGCUCACAUCUAUACGCCUGCGUGCGUGUGUGUGUGUGUGUGUGUGUGUGUGUAUGUGCGUGCGUACAUGCUGCAAAGGAAAAGUUAGCCAUCAGACUGGAGUCGCUCAGCUUUGCCAGUGGAUGGACUUUAUUCACGAGCGAGCAAGGUGGCAUCAUGAAAAGUUCCACGCCGGGUGACCCACCUGGAGAGUGCAGGAGGAUGGAUCAGCAGGGAGCCGAUCAAGUUCCAGACGCCGAAGGCCUCCGAGGCAGCCCGGAGGAAGGGGGUGAAAGAGGGGAGAGUCCCAUCCCGCCGUGCAAAAGGAGCCUUCUGGAGGUCAAUGGCAGCCCGGACAGUCCACCGACCCGACUUAAUACCGACGCACCACUGAGGCCGCUGGGAGGUGUGACCAUUCCUGUCUACUGCGUGGUGGAGGACGCGGAUGUGGGCGUGGCCAACGAGGGGCGCCGUCACCGCCAUGCGGAAUUUGUGCUCGUCCGGAAAGACGUCCUGUUCACACAACUGGUGGAGACGGCGCUGCUAUCCUUGGGAUACUCGCACGGCUCGGUUGCACAAGCUCGAGGUAUCAUCAAGGUGGGGCAUUGGAAGCCGAUGCCCAUCCACUACCUGACGGACGCUCCAGAGGCCACAGUAGCCGACAUGCUGCUGGACGUUUACCACAUGGUCACAUUGCGGAUCCUGCUCCACAGCUUCGCCCGGCUGGAAGAGCUUCCCUCCGAGCAGUGGACGCACGCCACCGUAAGGAAGGCCCUCAGAGAGCUGCUCGGCGAGAACGAUCAGAGUGCUGUGGCUAAGGAGUGCCCGCUUUCCCAGAGUAUGAUCUCGACAAUCCUCAACAGCUCCUACUAUGCCAACAUCUCCAUCUCCAAAUGCCAGGAAUUCGGACGCUGGUACAAACGAUACAAACGCAUCCAAGGUGAAUAUGCCGACAAAAUGUGGCAGCCCCAGGACAAAUAUGACGUAAAAGUUGAGAGAGACUGGGAGCCACGUGUCCUCAGCACGCGUCUUCCCUCGUUUUUACCCUACCUGGGCGGCGCCCGAGGCAUCAAAGCUCACCUCAUGGACCCGCGGGCGUCCAACCUGCCACAUCAGUCCCCCAGUCCUCCGCUGCGCCCCCAAGCUCUACCUCACCUGGGGCAGGCUGGCCUCCUGCCCCCGCAGCUCAUGCGCCACCAGCUGGCCAUGGCGCACCUCAUCAACCAGCAACUGGCCGUCAACCGCUUGCUCUCUCAGCGUCCUCCGCAGGCGGUCCCCCAGCAAUAUGUCUCACAAACGUGCAAGGGCCCCAAAGGCCCUGCAGAGCCUUCCGCCACCUGUUCAGGCGCUGAAGUCUCCCCGGACAUCUACCAGCGAGUUAGGAAUGAACUGAAGCGAGCCAGCAUCUCCCAGGCGGUCUUCGCCAGGGUGGCCUUUAAUCGCACGCAGGGCUUGCUGUCAGAGAUCCUCCGCAAGGAGGAAGAUCCCCGCUCGGCUUCCCAGUCGCUGCUCGUCAACCUGAAGGCCAUGCACGGCUUCCUGAGUCUACCUGAAGGCGAGCGAGACCGCAUCUACCUGGAAGAGCGAGAGAGGAACACGCACGCCAACCAAAGCCCCGUCUCCAACGGCAACGCAGACAGACACAUGACGACCAAGUCCAGCACGGAGACUCCACUCAAGCUGGGCUCCUUGGUAAGCAUCACCUCGGUCAUCUAUGAGGAGAUCCAGCAAGAGAUGAAGAGGGCAAAGGUCUCCCAGGCUUUGUUCGCCAAGGUGGCUGCAAACAAAAGCCAGGGUUGGCUGUGCGAGCUUCUCAGAUGGAAAGAAAGCCCGAGCCCAGAGAACCGCACACUGUGGGAGAACCUGUGCACCAUUCGCCGGUUUCUCUCCGUCCCGCAAGCCGAGCGCGACCAGGUUUACGAGGAGGAGGCCAGGCAGCAGCACGGCGACAAACUCCACGCUGUCCUGCACAUCUCGGAGCAGCAGGCACCAUCCCUGCCACCUCUAAGACCUCUAUCCCCUCUACGUGUGGACCCACCGCCCAUCACCUCGCCCGUCCUGAGCGGCUCAGAAAGUGGUCCUCGGUUCGAGGCGAGCCCUGACAUUGGAGGACUGAAAAAGGCCCGGUCAAGAACCCGAAUUUCCCUGGAGGCGCUAAGGAUCCUGCAGAGCUUCAUCGGCGACGUGGGCCUCUACCCAGACCAGGAGGCCAUCCACACCCUGUCGGCCCAGCUGGACCUGCCCAAGCACACCAUUGUCAAGUUCUUCCAGAACCAGCGCUACAACUUCAAGCACCACAAUCCCAGGGACGACCGGGAGCCUCCCUCCGAAGUGGCUCCAGGGGAGAAGGCGCUGGAUGCGUGCGAGGAGUCGAGUGCGGACGGGAGAGCUUCUGCAGAGACGUUUAGAAGCGAAAGAAUGACGGAUGGAGAAGAAGGAGAAUUUACGAAAGCAUCAGCACCAGCGACGUCAUCUUUGUCCCCGCACAGCAGCCUGGACAGCCCCAACUCCGCAGAGCAGCAGAGAUAACGAGGACGAAAAUGUGACAGUUCAGUUUACACUUUGUAUUGUCAUUAUUGCUUUGAUAUUCCCACUCUUAAAGGCCUACUGAAAUGAGAUUUUCUUAUUCAAACAGGGAUAGCAGGUCCAUUCUAUGUGUCAUACUUGAUCAUUUCGCGAUAUUGACAUAUUUUUGCUGAAAGGAUUUAGUAGAGAACAUCGAUGAUAAAGUUUGCAACUUUUGGUCGCUAAUAAAAAAGCCUUGCCUUUACCGAAAGUAGCAGACGAUGUGCGCGUGACGUCGCCGGUGAGAGGGCUCCUCACAUCCUCACAUUGUUUAUAAUCAUAGCCUCAAGCAGAAAAAGCUAUUCGGACUGAGAAAGCGACGAUUUCCCCGUUAAUUUGAGCGAGGAUGAAAGAUUUGUGGAUAAGGAAUGUUAGAGUGAAGCACAAAAAAAAGAAAAAGAAAAAGCGACGGCCCCGUCAGCAGCAGUGUGAGCGUUUCAGAUGUAAUUAGACACAUUUACGUACUAGGAUCAUUCUGGAAGAUCCCUUAUCUGCUUAUUGUUUUAACAGUGUUUUAUUGAGAUUGUAAAGACAUACCUCAAAGUCGAAGGGCUGCGGUGAACGCCAGUGUCUUUGAUGGAAGCCGUGGAGGAGCCAAGAUCACAGCUGCCUUUUUUGACAGCUGCUGCAGGAGGAGGUCCAUUAAUCCACUGAUGUCUCCGGUAAGAGCCGACUUAUUAUCACAACUUUCCCAUCCAAAAACAUGCUGGUUGACGUAGAGAAACAUGUUCACUUGACCGCUCUGUGUUAAAGCUUCACAACAAACAAAGAAACCCCGGCUGUGUCUCGGUUGCUAAAGACAGCUGCAAUACACCGCUUUCCACCAACAUCCAUCCAUCCAUUUUCUACCGCUUAUUCCCUUUUGGGGUCGCGGGGGGCGCUGGCGCCUAUCUCAGCUACAAUCGGGCGGAAGGCGGGGUACACCCUGGACAAGUCGCCACCUCAUUGCAGGGCCAACACAGAUAGACAGACAACAUUCACACUCACAUUCACACACUAGGGCCAAUUUAGUGUUGCCAAUCAACCUAUCCCCAGGUGCAUGUCUUUGGAAGUGGGAGGAAGCCGGAGUACCCGGAGGGAACCCACGCUGUCACGGGGAGAACAUGCAAACUCCACACAGAAAGAUCCCGAGCAUGGAUUUGAACCCAGGACUGCAGGAACUUCGUAUUGUGAGGCAGACGCACUAACCCCUCUGCCACCGUGAAGCCUUUCCACCAACAGCAUUCUUCUUCAUAGUCUCCAUUAUUAAAUGAACAAAUUGCAAAAGAUUAAGCAACACAGAUGUCCAAAAUAGUGUGUAAUUAUGCUAUGAAAAGAGACGACUUUUAGCCGUAAGUGGUGCUAGGCUAAAAUGUCCCCUCCAACCAAUAACGUCACAAACACACAUCAUUCCGCUACGUUUUCAACAAAAAAACUCAGCGGGAAAUUUAAAAUUGCAAUUUAGUAAACUAAAAAGGCCGUAUUGGCAUGUGUUGCAAUGUUAAUAUUUCAUCAUUGAUGUAUAAACUAUCAGACUGCGUGGUCGGUAGUAGUGGGUUUCAGUAGGCCUUUACCAAAAGUAGGAACUGCACUUUUUUUUUUCAAUUUUGCCCAUCAUUCACAAUCCUUAUGUGAAACCAGAACACACGUCUUUCCCUUUUUUGAACGAUCUAAAUAGUGAAAAACUGCUAGUAAGAGGCGGCUAACAGGAUUUAACUACAAACUCCGUUUCCAUAUCCAUCUAUCCAUUUUCUACUGCUUAUUCCCUUUGGGGUCGCUGGUGCCUAUCUCAGCUACAAUCGGGCGGAAGGCGGGGUACGACCUGGACAAGUCGCCACCUCAUCGCAGGGCCAACACAGAUAGACAGACAACAUUCACACACUAGGGCCAAUUUAGUGUUGCCAAUCAACCUAUCCCCAGGUGCAUGUCUUUGGAGGUGGGAUGUCUCCAGUAAGAGCCGACUUAAUAUUAGGCCCGGGGAGGAAGCCGGAGUACCCGGAGGUAACCCACACAUUCAUGGGGAGGACAUGCAAACUCCACACAGAAAGAUCCCGAGCCUGGGAUUGUUCCCAGGACUACUCAGGACCUUCGUAUUGUGAGGCAGACGCACUAACCCCUCUUCCACCGUAAAGCCCCCGUUUCCAUAUGAGUUGGGAAAUUGUAUUAGAUGUAAAUAUUAACGGAAUACAAUGAUUUGCAAAUAAUUUUCGACCCAUAUUCAGUUGAAUGUGCUACAAAGACAACAUAUUUGAUGUUCAAACUGAUAAACAUUUUUUUUUUGUUGCAAAUAAUCAUUAACUUUAGAAUUUGAUGCCAGCAACACGUGCCUAAGAAGUUGGGUAAGGUGGCAAUGAAUACCGAUAAAGUUGAGGAAUGCUCAUCAAACACUUAUUUGGAACAUCCCACAGGUGUGCAGGCUAAUUGAGAACAGGCGGGUGCCAUGAUUGGGUAUAAAAAAAGCUUCCCCAAAAAAUACAUCUGUGAAGGCACCAUUAAUGCUGAAAGGUACAUACAGGUUUUGGAGCAACAUAUGUUGUCAUCCAAGCAACGUUAUCAUGGACGCCCCUGCUUAUUUCAGCAAAACAAUGCCAAGCCACAUUCAGCCCGUGUUACAACAGCGUGGCUUUGUAAAAAAAAGAGUGCGGGUACUUUCCUGGCCCACCUGCAGUCCAGACCUGUCUCCCAUCGAAAAUGUGUGGCGCAUUAUGAAGCGUAAAAUACGACAGCGGAGACCCCGGACUGUUGAACAACUUAAGCUCUACGUAAAACAAGAAUGGGAAAUAAUUCCAGUUUUUCCUCAGUUCCCAAACGUUUAUUGAGUGUUGUUAAAAGAAAAGGUGAUGUAACACAGUGGUGAACAUGCCCUUUCCCAACUACUUUGGCACGUGUUGCAGCCAUGAAAUUCUAAGUUAAUUAUUAUUUGCAAGAGAAAAAUAAAGUUUAUGAGUUUGAACAUCAAAUAUUUUGUCUUAGUAGUGCAUUCAACUGAAUAUGGGUUGAAAAGGAUUUGAAGAUCAUUGUAUUCCGUUUAUAUUUACAUCUAACACAAUUUCCCAACUCAUAUAGAAACGGGGUUUGUAUUCAACCUACAAAGCACUCCAAACAAAAAAAAAUUUUAAAACGCCAAUAACGCUCCGUUUACAUGCCGUGAACCACAUAUUACCAAAGUUAUAUUCGCAUGUUAGGAAGAUUGCUUAUUAUUUUGUAUUGGAUAGUAGUCUGUUUAUUUCAUUUCUUAGUUUUUAUCUUUAUUACCUCUUGUGUGAUUUAUUUUUAUUCCCAUAUUUGUUCCCACUACCGCACCUUAAAUUGGAGUCCUUAAUCUCGUUUUAUGCGAAUAUAAUGACAAUUAAAGCUGCAAGCAGCGAUGGACGGGACCGACUUUUGCUGGUGUUUCCUGCCUUUACCCAUUCAACAUAUCUUUACCUGCACAUUACCUACCUUCCCCGCAUCCUGGGGUCACACUGGUGCUUUUUUUCUUUCACCCAUACAUGCUGGUGAUUCCUGCCAUCAACCAGACACCAUAUCUUUACCUGCACAUUACCUACCUUCUCUGUAUUCUGGAGUCAAACUGGUGCCUCCUUCUUUCACCCAUUCAACAUAUCUUUACCCGCACAGUACCUACCUUCUCUGCAUUGUGUGGUCACGCUGGUGCUUCCUGCUUUUCAGCGGCCAUCCUGAGACGGCAGCGUCUCCAGGAGUUCUUUGAAUGCUCGUAAAAUCAAAACCGGAGCAGUUAGGAAAACUCUUUGUGCAACUUUUAAUCAAAAGGGUUUAAUCUCUUUCCUGUGCGAGUUGGAAGCCAACACAACAAACGUGCUCAGAGGAGACAAUGUUUGAAAAAAGGUGACAGGUUUUUACAAAACUUUUAUUUUGAAGGGGUAAUUGCUAACUUCCUGUUGAUUUUUGCUGAAGGAUGUCAAUAAAUGAAGUGUAGGUCCAAGUGAGACCUACAUAGAGGUUUUUGUUUCAUGUCUCUACAACAUUCCUACCAGGAGUUACAAGCAGUUUUGUCUGUGUUUUCUUCCCAAGAGCAGUUUUGUCAGUGUUUUAUUCCUAGGGGGCGCUAGAGCGCAAUUUUGAGUU